UUAUUUCUAAGUACGCGUGUCUCGGGCUAGAAUUCACUCUACGCCCAGACAUCAAUAAUAAACAACGUCAACUGAACCUAUGCUGUUUGUUCUUCCAAUUCAGGUAUAAAGAGCAGAUGGCAACUGUAUAUACCAGUCCCAGGUAGCAGAUCGGCAAAUGUUAAGGUUAAUCCAGACGCAUAUUAGCCGUUGCUGACGUCACAGAAUGGGGUUUCGGAUGAUUACCACACUUCUGAUCUCGUUUCUUGUCGUUUGCGCAUGUACCGCCGCCACGCUAAAGUCUGCGCACGCUCAGCGGAAGCUCCGUACGGAUGGCUUCCUGUCUGUCUCUGCUUUCAACAUAAAGACUUUUGGAAAGGCCAAGAUGAGUAAUGCCGAAGUUGCUGAAACCAUUAAAAAUAUCGUUUUGGAGUAUGACCUGAUCCUGAUCCAGGAGAUCCGAGAUGCUAGCGGGGAGUCGUUUGCAUUGCUCCUUGAUAUGGUUAACAGUGUGGAGCCUUAUGGAAUGACCAUCAGUGAAAGACUGGGGAGGUCAUCUUACAAGGAGCAGUACGCAUAUUUUUACAGGAAGUCCGCACUCACCCUCCUAGAGACACGACUGUUCCCCGACCCCGGGGAUGAGUUCGAGAGGGAACCAUACAGCGCCCUGUUUCAAUCUACUUUUAGCUCUCAAAGUUUUGUCGUCAUGGGACUACACGCCAAGCCGGAUGACGCAGUCAGGGAAAUUGAACUGAUGGAGGCCGCUUACGAGGACGCUCUUAACACAUUAAAUAAUCCAAAUAUGAUCAUCAUGGGAGAUUUCAACGCCGACUGUUCUUACGCUAAAGAGUCUGAGCUGGCGCCAUUUUCAUUCUACUAUGACAGCACAUUUGAUUGGCUGACUCCGUGGGAUGCAGACACAACUACUUCCCGUAAUACAGACUGUGCAUACGACAGAAUCGUUGUGACCGGAAGUCUAAAAGACGACAUAAUCAGUUCAUCUGUCUACCACUUUGAAGAAACGUACCAUCUAAAUGAUGACGAGAUGAAGGCUGUCAGUGAUCACUACCCAGUGGAUGUGUUUCUCGUGGUGUGACGUCACAAUCGUAAUACAUGCGAUCUUAAAAAAUCGAAUGAAAUAGAUUAAAAUGAAAAUAAAACACAUUUUUCUCUCUCCUCUAUUGUUUGU